CCGCGGAAGCUGUUACAGUUCCGUCGGACAGACCAUCGUUGAAAGUUGCCAAAAAGCAAAAUGUCUUUGAAGCUGUUAUCCUGCCUUUUUGUGCUCGUCUUGGCUGCCAUUGCCUGUGAAGGACAGACCCAGUACAAUCCCUACCUCAGGAACCCAUACUACCGGGAUCUGUACUACCGGAAUCGCGAUCUGUACAACCUGCGUCGCUACUACGAUGGAUUCUACAAGAAAUACAAUCCCUACAUUGCCGCUGCCCAGGCCAGAAUUGUGGAGCAGAAGAACGAUGUGAACUACGGUCCGGGUUCCUAUGCCUACAGCUAUGAGACGGAGAAUGGCAUUCACGGCGAGGAGAAGGGUGCUCCGGUGAAUAUCGGUGGCCAGCAGCAGGAGGAGCAAGUGGAGGGAGCCUACUCCUUCAUCACACCCGAGGGUCUUCGCGUGGGAGUCAAAUACCUGGCCGAUGCCAAUGGUUUCCGUCCCGUGAUCACUUAUGACGGCGUGAACUCCGCCUUUUAUGCCAGUCAGCCAGCCGCAGCCAACGUGGUUCAUACCAAGCAUUGAAAUUGAUUUUUAACUGCUUAGUUAAGUGAAAAACGUGUGUUCAGCCUUCCUAAAUUAAUAUAAAUAAAUAACACAAUUAUAAAACAUAAA